GUCUCCUCCUCUGUUCUCCACACAACACCAGCACUAACAGCACUGGGCUUUACGGGCAUCUACUCAGCGGACCUGCUUACUUUGUACUCCCUUUCACUUCCACAACCAAAGCCCUGAAGCUAAACGACAUUACGACAAACUAGUGUCUUGAACUGAACCGUGUCUCUCGUGCGUAAUCGCAGGGUUUUUUGGACCGCUCAUCCACACCAGCCACCGCCGGACUUCUCCCGUUGUCUCCGCACUUUCGCAAGGCAAAAUGGGGAAACAGAAUAGCAAGCUGACCCCUGAAGUGAUGGAGGACCUGGUGAAGAACACAGAGUUUAACGAACAUGAGCUGAAGCAGUGGUACAAGGGCUUCCUGAAGGACUGCCCCACCGGACGCCUCAACCUGGAGGAGUUCCAGCAGCUCUACGUGAAGUUCUUUCCCUAUGGUGAUGCAUCCAAGUUCGCUCAGCAUGCCUUCAGGACCUUUGACAAGAAUGGAGAUGGCACUAUUGAUUUCAGAGAGUUCAUCUGCGCUCUAUCCAUCACCUCCAGGGGGAGCUUUGAGCAGAAACUCAACUGGGCCUUCAAUAUGUACGACCUGGACGGAGACGGCAAGAUCACACGGGUGGAGAUGCUCGAGAUCAUUGAGGCUAUCUACAAGAUGGUGGGCACAGUGAUCAUGAUGAAGAUGAACGAGGACGGUCUGACACCUGAGCAGAGAGUGGACAAGAUCUUCUCCAAGAUGGACAAGAACAACGACGACCAGAUCUCACUGGAGGAGUUCAAGGAAGCAGCUAAGAGUGACCCCUCCAUUGUAUUACUGCUGCAGUGCGACCUCCAGAAAUAGGGGCCCUGCUAGCCUCCAUGGACUGCACUGACAAACCAUCUCCAUCCAGUCUGCAGCUAUUUCCACUGAAAAAAAUAUGCUUGGACUACCUUUCAACGGAUCUGCUUCUUGUGUUGAAACACUCGUGUGCAUGAGAAUGUUUAUGCUCUAAAAAGAUCUACAAUACACAACAUAAACUCAGUGUGCGCGUGCAGACUACACACACACACACACACCACAACAGGAUACACCUUGCACAAUAAUAUAUAUAGAUCUAUAAAUAUGAGUAUAUAUAUAUACAUAUAUAUAUAUAUUUAAAUUAUUUAAAGAGUAACUGCCAAAAUGUGAAGUGUGCAAAGUAUUUUCCAUAACAUUCUACUGGAGCUUGCGCGACGUUCAAAUCACUGCUAUUUACCGUUACGAGUUUACCAAUGCUAGCUGUGUGUUUCAUAAGCAACCAAACCAAAUUCUUAUACCAAUAACAAUAAUAAUGUAUCUGCCUCCGAUUGAAAACCAUUGUGUCAAAUAUUAGCUCUAGAUCAAACAAGAAUCUGAAACAUGCUUGUACCGUCCGUAAAGAAAUGUAUUCGUAGUUAAUUUGCAUGCCUAUAGGUUCUGCCUUAAAAUACCUCCUUGUUGUUGCAUCCUGUAAGAUCUCUAAGACAAAAAGCCUUAUCAAAGCGGCGAAUCGAUAAAUCCAUCUAGUAUUGUCUAUUGGGAUGUAACGUACUUGUCCAGACUUCGUUUUUGACUGCUUUAACUGUCGAAGCAUGUUUCCUCGUAUAUUAGCCGUGGUAUCUUUAAAAACCCGCCCCAUUUAUGCACACAACUAUUAUGUCUUUUCAAAUAUGAAGAAUGUGGAGUAUCCUAAAAGAGCUACAAUAAAACAAAAUUUCAAAACACGCUGGAGGCAAGUGAUGAAAAAUAAGGAUAUAUAUUAUAUGCUAGCUACGCAAGUUUUAUAAAAUUCAAGACUGAGUAUGGUGGCCCAAAAAGAAAAGUCACAGCAACAAAUAAUGAAGACAAAGUGAUACAUUUGAUAUGUUUUUAUAAUUUUUUAUGUUUUUUUAUUUCAUAUUUUGGAUUUAAUAUUUUUGCUCAUUUUUGGGAAAUUUAAUUUUAAUUUUGGCAUUUGUCUUUGCACUUUUAUUUUUAAAAUCGGUAUAGAUGUUUACAAUUAUUUAUUUAUUUUUUAUGCUUGGCAAUGUAUAGCCAUUCUAUUUGGCACUUUUUUAAAAUGUUUUUUAGGCAUUUUGCUUACUGACAUUUCAUCUUGCUUCAGAAUUUUCUUUCUGUUUUUUAAAUAAUUAUUGCUGCUGUGACUUAGCCUAGGGCAAGCAUAUUCACAGCACUGAGUUUUAAUUUUGUCACCACCGCAUCCCCUUUGUAAACUUGCAGGUUGCAUAUCAGAGUUAACAAACGUAAAGCUGGAAUAAGGAGAGGGCAGCAUUUGAGUUUAUCUUUUCUGUUCUUUUCAGUGGAAGUUCCAGAAAGCUAAAGAAGUUGUGAAUUGAUUUGUUAAGCCAUGCGUUUAGCGGGUCGGACAGUUUUGUCACCCAACCAACCUCCCUGUCUUUCAAUCCGCCUUUUUGUACUUUUUUACUCCUGCGCCUCAUUAUACGUCAAAUUGUAGAGAAGUUCAGUGGAGCAUAGUAGUUCCUGGUAUUUUUUAACACCUAGCAUGUUUCAAGAGUUGAUGCUUAAAGGCAACAGAGGUGAGGGCUUGACAAAAUAUAUUGCAAUAAAAUAUGCCAUCCUGUCUUCUCCCUGAGCUUCUUUACAUUACCAUCUUUGACAAUGUUUCUAUUUACUCUUAUUAUUGUUAAUAUUGCUAUUAUUAUGAUCAAGGUACCAAAUGUAAGCAUAAGCAACCGUGUACGAGGAUUCUUUUGUAGCAUGUAUUGUGUCCCUGAAGACAUGGCUGCACUACUCCCUGUGUUGUGAUUUAAACUAUUAAAAGGAACUCAAUGGA